AUGCUGCAGAAUGGAAAGAAGUUUGAUUCCUCCCGAGAUCGAAACAAGCCUUUCAGGUUCAAAAUUGGUAGACAAGAAGUCAUUAAAGGAUUUGAAGAAGGAGCUGCACAGAUGAGCCUUGGACAAAGGGCAAAGCUCACUUGUACACCUGAUAUGGCAUAUGGAACAACAGGUCAUCCUGGAGUUAUCCCACCAAAUGCUACUUUGAUUUUUGAUGUGGAGCUGCUCAGGAUAGAAUAAAAUUGGGACUAAUAAUUUUUAAAAAACCUGUUAAUCAGUGUUUUUCCCCCCAUUCUUUUUAAUGGAAGAAAUCUCACUGAAAUUUCUAUCUUCACUCAAGUUGUCAUGCCAAUAAUGCUUAUGAAGUUGUUUUCCCUACUUCCUUUCCCUCUUUUUUAAAAAAAACUGAUUAUUGGUAUUUGUUCAGUUAGUUGCUUCUUUGCUAUGGAAUGGAAGUUGUAAAUUUUAUUUUGCACGUGAAGUUUCAAAAUUGUGAUUAGAAUUAUAUAUAAUUGAAAACUAUAUACAGAUUUUACUUAUUGAACAACCACUGCCUUAUAAUCCACUAAAGGAACACCGGUGCUCAGAAAACAUGUGUACAUUGUGUACACAAGUGGGCAUUAGCCAAAUCAAGUUACCUGCGCUGCCACUUUUUUCUCAAGCUGUUCCACUUGCGGCUGUUUUAAGUAACACAUGUGAAAACUUUCCAGAAUAAUAAAAUA